AUGCUUGAGCAGGUUGAGUUGGACCAGUUCCACUCAGGAUCUGCUCUACCCACUCUCUUUCUGGGCUACGUUAUCAAUGAUCACCUCGUUCCUGGUUCACUUCCCGAAGGAUCACUAUGCGGAUUGUGUUGCUAUGUUGGUUGUCCGCCUACACCUGGAAGCAUUGCUCGGAAACUUGCAUUCCAUCCACCGAAAAAAGGCGUUUCGUACACUGUGCAUCUCGCAGAUAAUCCUAGAAAAAUCAUAAAAGGAGCUGAUGAGCUAGAAGGUCAGAAGUUCUUCAUUACGCCGACUCCUCUGGAAAUGACUACAGUAUUCGAUUACGAAAGACUGUUGGACCGAACCAAAGUAAGUUGUUGUGUUGAAAGCAAAUACGAUACGAUUGAUUCCAGAAAUAUCUCGCUAGUCUCACAAGGUUGGCAAAUUGUGGGCAGAACUACGGCCUACGACUUGUCAGGAACCCGCACUUGCUAG